GGGGCGGUGACUAUACGUUCAGGAAGAGGUCCAUGGACCGUAAACUCUUCUGGUAGCAAAUUAGUUAGCUAGGUGAAUCUGCUGGAAAAAAUAACACCGUUCGUUCGUUAAAUCGUCGUUAAUCAUGUCUGCAAGAAACCCAGGGAAUUCCCCUUGGUAAGACUCGCUUCCUUAUUGUGGGAAAUACACGUUUAUCCUGCAACAUUAGUCAAAUCCAGCUAAAUAGCUAUCGAUUGUGUUAGCACGUGCAUCCAGAUAGUAUAAACUUUUAGCUUUUACCAUAGAGGGUGAGUUUUAUGAUUAUCAAGAAUGUCCUAAACAAUGUCUUGACUGUGACACUUAAGCCUAACUGAAAGAGUUUGGUUUCAAUCAAACAAAUGCAUGUAAGAAGUACCGCUCUCACGUGAUGUAAAUUUAAGUACACAAUGUAUUUUACAAUCACUGCACAUUUUGCAUGUCAACCGUUUUUAAUAUGUGUCUAGUUAGGUAACAUGUAGAGAGAUACUUUGUAUCAUGUCUAGUGAACACUGUAAAGAUAGUAGCUAGUUACACGCUGAAUUACUGUAUGUUGGUGGUCUUGACUCUCAUGAUGUCCUGGCUAAUAUGUUUCCAAUGACACCUCAGUGCAGCCAGGGUGAAUCAUGUGACUAAUCUAUCGGUGAUCUCUUGUCUGACUGUACUAAGACCCCGGAAAACAUUUUCGAUACAGGCCUAACCAUCGGUUUGUUAACUACUGUAAGCCUACUUGAUAUUCGGUAGAUAUCUGAACAGAAUAGUGGAUUCGGUGAGAAAUAGGCCUGCAUAUACCUCCAAUAUAAACUUCUAUGGAAGCGUUGUGGGCAGCGACCACAUACCAACUUCAGUGUUUCUUAUCAACCUUCCAUAUUGAUGUUGCUGUUAUUGUGUGUGUGUGUGUGUGUGUGUGUGUGUGUGUGUGUGUGUGUGUGUGUGUGUGUGUGUGUGUGUGUGUGUGUCAGACCUGGAGUGGGUGUCCAAGGUGCGCGUGAACACCCAGGCAGUGCUGAAGAGAGCUCAGCAGAUCCAAGGACGCAACAAGAACAAGAAACAGUGGCAGGUAGGGGCUUUGGGGGUAGCAUUGGUCUCUCUCUGUGUGUGUGUGUGUGUGUGUGUGUGUGUGUGUGUUUGUGCGCGCAAUACCUUCAUCUCCAAUGUUUUCCUAUAAAUCUCAUAAGAAGACACAAGAUGAAAGGAUAAAGUGAUGCUCCAUUUGUAGCCUACUGUUAGAAUAAGGAUAUACAGUAUGCUCAGUUUGUAUCCUACUGUUAGAAUAAGGAUAUGCAGUAUGCUCCGUUUGUAGCCUACUGUUAGAAUAAGGAUAUACAGUAUGCUCAGUUUGUAUCCUACUGUUAGAAUAAGGAUAUACAGUAUGCUCAGUUUGUAUCCUACUGUUAGAAUAAGGAUAUGCAGUAUGCUCAGUUUGUAGCCUACUGUUAGAAUAAGGAUAUACAGUAUGCUCAGAUUGUAUCCUACUGUUAGAAUAAGGAUAUACAGUAUGCUCAGUUUGUAUCCUACUGUUAGAAUAAGGAUUGGGAUGUACAGUAUUAUUUUGUAUGUUAUCUAGUGUUGAAGUGUUGUCCACACCAACCCCUUGUAUUGAGAACAAACAGUUAUACACCGCGGUAUGAGUUGACAUCUGGCUCUGUGUCACUACAUUAACCCAUGAUGCUCUCUGUCUUGUCUCCAGGCGGCGUGGCUUCUGCGGGCGGUGACCUGUAUUGACCUGACGACCCUGGCUGGUGACGACACGCCUGGCAACGUCCACCGGCUGUGUAUGAAGGCUACCCAGCCUGUACGCACUGACCUGCUGAAGAGCAUGGACAUGCAUAACGAAGGUAUGGGGGGGGUGGGCGUCUGUCUGACGGUCUGUCCGCGUCUCGCCCUCUCUCCACCUCACCCUUGCUCCAGAGACAGACUAGCUUUACAUGGCUCUUCAUAAAGCAUGUGUAUGAAAUGUGUUAGCAUGUUAGCGCUACAUCCUCCUGAACAUGACUGAUGUUCUAUACUUCAUACUUGUUCUUCAAGUCACAACUUAACUGAUGUAAUAUUUACCCACUAGAGGGCCACAUACUCCUUAACUAAUGUUAUAUUUACCCACUAGAGGGCGACAUACUCCUUAACUCAUGUAAUAUUUACCCACUAGAGGGCGACGUACUCCUUAACUCAUGUAAUAUUUUCCCACUAGAGGGCGACGUACUCCUUAACUCAUGAAAUAUUUUCCCACUAGAGGGCGACGUACUCCUUAACUCAUGAAAUAUUUACCCACUAGAGGGAGACAUACUCCUUAACUCAUGUAAUAUUUACCCACUAGAGGGCGACAUACUCCUUAACUCAUGUAAUAUUUACCCACUAGAGGGCGACGUACUCCUUAACUCAUGUAAUAUUUACCCACUAGAGGGCGACGUACUCCUUAACUCAUGAAAUAUUUACCCACUAGAGGGCGACGUACUCCUUAACUCAUGAAAUAUUUACCCACUAGAGGGAGACAUACUCCUUAACUCAUGUAAUAUUUACCCACUAGAGGGCGACAUACUCCUUAACUCAUGUAAUAUUUACCCACUAGAGGGCGACAUACUCCUUAACUCAUGUAAUAUUUACCCACUAGAGGGCGACGUACUCCUUAACUCAUGAAAUAUUUACCCACUAGAGGGAGACAUACUCCUUAACUCAUGUAAUAUUUUCCCACUAGAGGGCGACAUACUCCUUAACUCAUGAAAUAUUUACCCACUAGAGGGCGACGUACUCCUUAACUCAUGUAAUAUUUACCCACUAGAGGGCGACGUACUCCUAUGUUUCACAUGAUAGGCCUAUCUUUGGUGUUGGCAAAGAGUGAAGUUGUAUCUGUGACUACUGCAGCAGUGUGUACCUGUCUCAGUUAGCUAAGAGGUGUAACUAUAUGUUCUGGUUGUGUCUGUGUAUCUAGGUGUGACUACUGCAGCAGUGUGUGUGUACCCGUCUCGUGUGGCUGAUGCUGUGAAGUCCCUGAAAGCAGCCAACUCCAGCCUACCUGUCGCCUCAGGUAAGAGAGAGGAGCAAGUCUACCUCCGUGUCAUUCUGUAGUUGGACAGUCCGGGUGUAUGUUGUCACUAAUGAAGUACAGUUGUCACUUCUGUCAUCCUCUGAUUGGUUGUGUGUUUCUUUUGUUAUUUUGAUUGAUUUAUUGAUCGAUUAAUAUAUAUAUGUGAUUAUAACACACAUAAGCGACUCAUACAGCCACAACACGAAUGAAAUAACAGGAUGUUUUAGACAUGAAAAACUAUGGAGACCGACUCAGACAUCACUGACUUUGCUAUCUCUGAUCCUCAGUGGCGACAGGUUUCCCUGCAGGCCAGACCCCUCUGAAGACCAGGCUAGAAGAGGUCCGUAUGGCCGUAGAGGAUGGAGCUAUGGAGAUAGAUAUAGUCAUCAACAGGACUCUGGCCCUCACUGGACAGUGGGAAGGUAUGGGUCCGUAUGGCCGUAGAGGAUGGAGCUAUGGAGAUAGAUAUAGUCAUCAACAGGACUCUGGCCCUCACUGGACAGUGGGAAGGUAUGGGUCCGGAUGGGCCGUAGAGGAUGGAGCUAUGGAGAUAGAUAUAGUCAUCAACAGGACUCUGGCCCUCACUGGACAGUGGGAAGGUAUGGGUCCGUUAUGGCUGUAGAGGAUGGAGCUAUGGAGAUAGAUAUAGUCAUCAACAGGACUCUGGCCCUCACUGGACAGUGGGAAGGUAUGGGUCCGUAUGGCUGUAGAGGAUGGAGCUAUGGAGAUAGAUAUAGUCAUCAACAGGACUCUGGCCCUCACUGGACAGUGGGAAGGUAUGGGUCCGUAUGGCCGUAGAGGAUGGAGCUAUGGAGAUAGAUAUAGUCAUCAACAGGACUCUGGCCCUCACUGGACAGUGGGAAGGUAUGGGUCCGUAUGGCUGUAGAGGAUGGAGCUAUGGAGAUAGAUAUAGUCAUCAACAGGACUCUGGCCCUCACUGGACAGUGGGAAGGUAUGGUAUAUAUUAUUAUAUACACUCACUGGCCAGUUUAUUAGGUACACCAGUACCGGGUCGGACCCCCCUUUGCCUCCAGAACAGCCUGUUACUUACAUACAUACAUACUGUCAACUGGAACCUGAAAACAUACAGUCAACUGAACCUGAAAACAUACAGUCAGCUAGAACGUGAAAACAUACAGUCAACUGGAACCUGAAAACAUACAGUCAACUGGAACCUGAAAACAUACAGUCAACUGAACCUGAAAACAUACAGUCAGCUAGAACGUGAAAACAUACAGUCAACUGGAACCUGAAAACAUACUGUCAACUGGAACCUGAAAACAUACUGUCAGCUAGAACCUGAAAACAUACUGUCAACUGGAACCUGAAAACAUACAGUCAACUGGAACCUGAAAACAUACAGUCAACUGGAACCUGAAAACAUACAGUCAGCUAGAACCUGAAAACAUACUGUCAGCUAGAACAUGAAAACAUACGUCAGCUAGAACAUGAAAACAUACUGUCAACUGAACUGAAAACAUACUGUCACUGAACUGAAAACAUACUGUCACUGAACAUGAAAACAUACUGUCAACUAGAACAUGAAAACAUACUGUCAACUGGAACAUGAAAACAUACUGUCAGCUAGAACAUGAAAACAUACUGUCAGCUAGAACGUGAAAACAUACUGUCAGCUAGAACGUGAAAACAUACUGUCAGCUAGAACGUGAAAACAUACUGUCAGCUAGAACGUGAAAACAUUCAGUCAGCUAGAACGUGAAAACAUACUGUCAGCUAGAACGUGAAAACAUUCAGUCAGCUAGAACGUGAAAACAUACAUGAUACCUUCAGAUGCUUCUAUAACAUAGUUGACACAAACAUUGUGUACAAAGUAUGAACUAUGAUGUUGCUAUGACAGUAUGAGCUAUGACGUUGCUAUGACAGUAUGAGCUAUGAUGUUGCUAUGACAGUAUGAACUAUGAUGUUGCUAUGACAGUAUGAGCUAUGGUGUUGCUAUGACAGUAUGAGCUAUGAUGUUGCUAUGACAGUAUGAACUAUGAUGUUGCUAUGACAGUAUGAACUAUGAUGUUGCUAUGACAGUAUGAACUAUGAUGUUGCUAUGACAGUAUGAACUAUGAUGUUGCUAUGACAGUAUGAACUAUGAUGUUGCUAUGACAGUAUGGGCUAUGAUGUUGCUAUGACAGUAUGAACUAUGAUGUUGCUAUGACAGUAUGAGCUAUGAUGUUGCUAUGACAGUAUGAGCUAUGGUGUUGCUAUGACAGUGAAGGUGUGUGGUGGAGUGUCCAUUUUAAAUGACCUCUCUCUCUCUCCUCAGCCGUGUAUGAUGAGGUGUGUCAGUUCAGAGAGGCCUGUGGGGAGGCUCACAUGAAGUCCAUCCUGGCUAUAGGAGAGCUGGGGACGUACACUAACGUCUACAAGGCUAGUCUGGUGGCUAUGAUGGCUGGUGAGCGUGUUCUUUCUCUCUCACACACACACACACACACACACACACACAGUCUCACACACACACACACACACACACACACACACACACACACACACACACACACACACACAGGGCUGUAUUCUGACUUGAGAUCCAACUCCCAUUUUCUGUCGUCGUUGUUGAUGAAUGAUUUGCGAAAAUCAAGAGUUGUAUGUGCUCUCAUCUCACCUCUGAAUCAGGCCCAGUGAUAUUGUAUUACAAAUGGUGCAGUUUGUCAUGUUCUCCUGUGGGAGGCGCUGUUGUUCAUGCUGCUCUGUCUUUUGUACUUAGCUAACCUGAUGAACGCUCUCUCUUUUAUACACACACACACACACACACACACACACACACACACACACACACACACUGAACUGUACACUUAACUACCCGUCACAUAAUAAGCCGAUUACUGUACCAAAUUGUCAGCCGGUCCGAUAGAGAUCGUUAUUAAAAUACAUUGCUUUUGUCGGCGCGCUUGCUCCUUAAUCUCCCCUUGUUCUAUAAAUUGCGUAUGAGAUUCCAGAAAUUGAAUGAUAAUUUUGCCUAUUAAUCUAUGACGGAGGCUAUUUUACUCCCCUACACACACACACACACACUGCCUGCUUGCCCACGCUAGCCAAAUGAAAAGAGCGCCAUUACCACCAUCCUCGUUUAAUAACCUCUAUCCAUUAUCAGGUCAUUAACAUCCCCAUAACCAAUCUACGGAAUUACUCCUCCGUCUGAGGAGAGAGAGAGAGAGAGGGAAAGAGAGGAAAGAUGGCGAGAGAGAGAGAGACAGAGAGAGGACGUUAUGUGGAAGAGAGAGAGAGGGAGGGAGAGAGAGAGAGAGGACGUUAUGGGGUAGAGAGAGGGAGGGAGAGAGAGAGAAAGGGGGUGAGAGGAGGAAGAGAGCGAGAGACACCAAAGACCAUAAAAUAAAACGGAAAAGAAAGAAAAAAAUCUGACUGUUACAAAUACAUAGUACAUGUCUGUAAGUGGAGCGUAAAGGUUUUUCAUCAGCCUGGUAAUGUAAAGAAAUACAUAGUACAUGUCUGUUGUAAUGGGCGUAAAAGUGUUAUCCAGCCUGGUAAUGUUAAAAAUAACUUAGUAACAUGUAUGUAAUGGAGCGUAAAGCUUUCAUCAGCCUGGUAAUGUAAAAAUACAUGAGUACAUGUAUGUAAUGGAAGCGUAACUAAAGUGUUCAUCAGCCUGGUAAUGUAAAAAUACAUAGUAACUGUCUUGUAAUGGAGCGUUUAAAGUGUUCAUCAGCCUGUAAUGUAAAAAUACAUAGUACAUGUCUGUAAGGGAGCGUAAAGUGUUCAUCAGCCUGGUAAUGUAAAAAGACAUAGUGACAUGUCCGGUAAUGGGAGCAGUAAAGUGGUUCAUCAGCCGGGGUAAUGUAAAAAAUACAUAGUACAUGUCUGUAUGGAGCGUAAAGUUUCUGUAAUUUAGCGUAAAGUGUUCAUCAGCCUGGUAAUGUAAAAAUACAUAGUACAAUGUAUUAAUGGAGCGUAAAGUGUUCAUCAGCCUGGUAAGUAAAAAUAGAUAUAGUCCAUGUCGGUAUGGAGCGUAAAGUGUUCAUCGCCGGGUAAUGUAAAUAACAUAGUACAUGAUCUGUAAUGGAGCCUAAAGUCUUCAUCAGCCUAGGUAAUGUAAAAAUACAUAGUAAGGUUCUGUAAUGGAGCGAAGGGUUCAUCAGCCUGGUAAUUAAAAAUACAUAGUCAUGUCUGUAAUGGAGCGUAAAGUGUUCAUCAGCCUGGUAAUGUAAAAAUACAUAGUACAUGUCUGUAAUGGAGCGUAAAGUGUUCAUCAGCCUGGUAAUGUAAAAAUACAUAGUACAUGUCUGUAAUGGAGCGUAAAGUGUUCAUCAGCCUGGUAAUGUAAAAAUACAUAGUACAUGUCUGUAAUGGAGCGUAAAGUGUUCAUCAGCCUGGUAAUGUAAAAAUACAUAAUACAUGUAUGUAAUGGAGAGUAAAGUGUUAAUCAGCCUGGUAAUGUAAAAAUACAUAGUACAUGUCUGUAAUGGAGCGUAAAGUGUUAAUCAGCCUGGUAAUGUAAAAAUACAUAGUACAUGUCUGUAAUGGAGCGUAAAGUGUUCAUCAGCCUAGUAAUGUAAAAAUACAUGUAUGUAAUGGAGCGUAAAGUGUUCAUCAGCCUGGUAAUGUAAAAAUACAUAGUACAUGUCUGUAAUGGAGCGAAGGUCGUAAAGUGUUCAUCAGCCUAGUAAUGUAAAAAUACAUAGUACAUGUCUGUAAUGGAGCGUAAAGUGUUCAUCAGCCUGGUAAUGAACUGUCAUUAGAGACCAGGGGGAGGAGACAGAAGGAAAGGAGGAUGGAGGGACGGUGAUGUUUCACCAGGGCUCGUGGUUCAUCUAUUAAAAGCCUGUCAUUUCAUCUUCUAUUUUUAUCCAGAAAGCUGAUAAAGACAUAAUUGUCUCAGAAGGAAAGGAAGUAGAGAAAUGGAGAGAUGAAGGGAAGGGAGGGAAGAGGAUAAAUGAAGGGUUAUAUUGAUGAAGCAGGCAGCACACACCCUCUGUUAGCCCUGCCACAGUGUCACAGACACCAUAUGUUCUCCUCUGGCUCUGGAGACCCUGAGAGCAGGUCGGCCCUCAGUGGAACGUCUCUGGAGACCCUGAGAGCAGGUCGGCCCUCAGUGGAACGUCUCUGGAGACCCUGAGAGCAGGUCGGGCCUCAGUGGAACGUCUCUGGAGACCCUGAGAGCAGGUCGGGCCCUCAGUGGAACGUCUCUGGAGACCCUGAGAGCAGGUCGGGCCAUCAGUGGAACGUCUCUGGAGACCCUGAGAGCAGGUCGGCCCUCAGUGGAACGUCUCUGGAGACCCUGAGAGCAGGUCGGCCCUCAGUGGAACGUCUCUGGAGACCCUGAGAGCAGGUCGGGCCCUCAGUGGAACGUCUCUGGAGACCCUGAGAGCAGGUCGGCCCUCAGUGGAACGUCUCUGGAGACCCUGAGAGCAGGUCGGCCCUCAGUGGAACGUCCUGUCUCAGUCAGAUACUUUAGAAAUAGCUGUACCUCUAAUACUAUAGUAGUACUAUAGUAAUACUAUAUUGUGUUGUAUUUUAGUCCAGUUUGAUGACAUCUCUAAAUCCCAGUUUCCUAUUUUCAUACAAUCACAUGUAUUUCUGGAAUUGUAGAGUGUUUUUAAAUGUGUGUACUGUAUUUUAGGUCAUCUAUAAGUCUAGUUUCCUAUUUCUAUAGCUCAUCCUGCUUGGAUGGGAACUUUCUGGAAUUGUACGAUGUUGAAAAGCUGAAUAGAUUCCAUAUCGAUGGCUAGAUUGUAUUGUAAUGGUGACAAUAGCACAAAAUUGUCCACCGGAUGUUGUCUCGCAUGUUAUACAGUGCAUUCGGGAAAGUAUUCAGACCCCUUGACUUUUUCCACAUUUUUGUUACGUUACAGCCUUAUUCUAAAACGGAGGUCAUUAAGGUCAGUUGAGGAAAUGAGGUCAUGUCUUUAACAAUGUGUGUGUGUGUGUGUGUGUGUGUGUGUAACAACAGGGUCGGACUUCAUCAAGACGUCAACAGGGAAGGAGUCUGUCAACGCUACGUACCCUGUCGCCAUAGUGAUGGUCAGAGCCAUCCGGGACUACUUCCUGAAGACUGGACAUAAGGUGUGGGUUUUAGUGUGUGUGUGCUUCUCUUAGAAUCAAUCCAGUCAACUCAGCUGAAUUCAUUCCGUUCAGUUCUAAUCAAUACCAUUCAACAGACAAUAUGUACAUCAGAUAUAAAUGUAUAUGAAGUCUUAUUGUUGUCUGACUGACGAAGCUGGUCGUUCCUGUCCUGUGAAUCGUACCCUAGGUUGGUUUUAAGCCUGCUGGAGGGAUCCGUACAGCCAAGGAGUCGUUGGUGUGGCUGACACUGAUGAAGGAAGAGCUGGGAGACGAGUGGCUGAGCCCUCACCUCUUCAGACUGGGCGCUAGUAGUCUAUUGGCUGACAUAGAGAGACAGGUACACACACACACACACACCACACACACACACACACACACACACACACACACACACAUACACACACACACACACACAGACACACACACACACACACCCACACACACACAGACACACACACAGACACAGACACACAGACACACACACACACAUACACACACACACACACACACACAGACACACACACACACACACAGACACACACACAGACACAGACACAGAGGACACAGAGACACACACACACACACACACAAACACAGAGAGACACACACACAGACACACACACACACAGACACACACACACACAGACACACACACACACACCACACACCACACACACACACAGAGACACACACACACACACACACACACAGGAACACAAACACCCCAAAGAGACAAAAGAACACACACGACAAGACAAGACACGGGACCACACACAACACACAACACACAAACCACAAACACACCCCCAGAGACACACAGAGGGACCACAGAGACACACACAGACACACACAGACAACACACAACGAGGAGACCCACACAGAGACACACCACACACACAGAGACACAGAGAACAAAACACAAGAGAGACAACGAGACACACAACACACACACGACACAACACACAGACACACACAACAGACACACACACACACACACAGACACACACACAGACACACACACACACAGAGACACACACACACACAGAGACACACACACACACACAGAGACACACACACACACACACACAGACACACACACACACACACACACAAGAGACACACACAGAACACACACUACACAGAGCACCACACACACACAGAGACACACACACACACACACAGAGAGCACACACACACACACACACACACACACACACACACGACACACACAGAGACACACACACACACACAGAGACACACACACACACACAGAGACACACACAGAGAAACACCACACAUCACAGAGACACACACACACCACCGAGAGCACACACACCACACAGAGAGACACACACAACACACACAGACACACACACACAACACAGACACACACACAGAGACACACACACACAUAGACACACACACACACACACACACACACAGAGAGACACACACACACACACAGAGACACACACACACACACACUCCGGUCCUAUCAACACAAGUCCCAUAACAUUAGUGCUGAGAGCAGAAUGGCUUGGUACUGUAGGAAAAUAAUGGUUUAGUUUGUCCGUUAGUCAUGACCUUUAACCUCUACAAUUAUGUUUAGUUUGUCUGUUAGUCAUGACCUUUAACCUCUACAAUUAUGGUUUAGUUUGUCCGUUAGUCAUGACCUUUAACCUCCUCUACAAUUAUGGUUUAGUUUGUCUGUUAGUCAUGACCUUUUAACCUCUACAAUUAUGGUUUAGUUUGUCUGUUAGUCAUGACCUUUUAACCUCUACAUGUCACUGUUCCAGACCUUUUAUUAACAACAGGGUCAUAUUUAAAUGGUCCACUCUAUCUAGCUAAGUGUUUUAACUGUUUUUAAUGAAUCCUCUUUUGUUAUUCCCUGUUUCUCUGUUCUUCCAGAUCUACCAUUACGUGACUGGUCACUACGCAGCCUAUCACCAGAUGCCCAUGGCCUGAAACCAUGGUUACCAAUUCAAAGUGACCAAUCCGAAACCUCACCAAAAUCAGCCUAUCACUGUGCAGAUUGCUUACAGGUUCCUCAAAGACAUCUGCUACUGUACUUGUCAGGAAUGUGUUCAUUUGAGAAGAUGACCCAGAUCAAGUGAAGGAAAGAGACUGCCAUUUUACAGUACACAGGACAUACAGUACUUCUGGAAUAUCUUACUCUUUGUGCCUUGAGACCGUUAACCAGUAUUGUUUCGUCCAAACAAUGUGACAUUAUUAUCCUGUAAUAAUUGAGUGAGUGUUGAUGAGUCAGUCUUAAUGAAAACAGAAAACUGUCAUGAAAUUAGAAAGAGUUUUAACUUGUAGUUAUGAGAAUACUAUAUUAUACACAAUAUAAAGCGCUCAAUUCAGUUUUCCGUCUCAUCCAAUUACUGUCCUUGCUGUAAAGAGAGAAUGAAACCCAUUAUAAACACGGAUGUUUGGACAUCUUGUUGAAGAUGUUGAGGCAUGAUUAAAGACCAUAUACACCAUCAAACA